AUGGCGUGCCAUGUGCCGCUCAUGGGACCCCCAGGACGCCCACCCGGCCCCCCGGCCCCGAAGAGGCUAGAGCUCCCCGCCCACCCUUCAGGAGGAGUGGCCCCUUCCUCCACCAUCCAGCAGCUUCCACAGCCCGAGUGUCCCAGACCCCUGACCUCCACCGUGAGCUCAGGGUCCAGCGUUGUCGUUCAGGCCAGCAUCACCCACUCGCUCACCCAUCCACUCACUCACCCCACGGCAGCAACAGGGACACCCCCCCCCGAGGAUGCUCCUCCCCACGAGGGUUCCGGGGGGCAGGGUGAGCCCAAGCCUCCCCUCGGCUCCCCCCACCGAGGGCCCGCUCAUCGGGCUCUCUCCAGCGAGGGCCCCCGCCUGUGCGGGAGGCCUGGCCCCAGGCCCAUGAAGGAGAAGUCGAGGCUGGGUUACGCGAGGUCCCCCAGGUGGCAGCAGGGGCCUGGUCCGCAGCCUGGCUCCUGCAGGUCCCUGCCCUCUGGGGCCUCAGACAGCCUGUCUCCGGCUCCACCCAACACCCCACCCACGGACCACACGCGGUGCCAGCUCCUGCCCCACAACCACCAGUGCUUUCUGCGUCUCAGGCAAGAGCUUCUGCCGCCCUGGGACCGCUCAGGGGCCAUGGGAGUGGAGGGGGGUCAAGAAGAGAGGCACCCGGUGACCCCGGCUUCCCGGCCUGGACCACGGAGGGGUGUCCAGGGGACACAGGCAAAGGGCAGCUGGACACCUGAUCUGGAGUUUAAACAGCAGGACCAGCUGGAGGUGGAGGUGCGGACGGAGGGCACGGGUGAGGCUGUCCCGGCCACGGCGGGCCACGGCGCUGUGUGGGACCGCACAGAGUGCCCAGGGGUGUGGGGAGAUGCCCCCACGUGUCCUGCUUCCCCUCAGACUGCGGCCGAGGGCAGGGACACAGGAGACACUGGGGUGGGGCACAGGCUGAGUGAGCGGUGGGGGGGCAGCCAGGCCCCUGGGGACGGGCUGGGACCGGGACCCUCCCCUCGGUCUCCUGUGCAGAAGCAGCUGAGGAGGCUGGAGGCUGGGGGAAGCCAACUGGACCCAGACACCAAGGCCGCUCAGGGGGACACUCGUGCCGGCCACGAGAGGCACAGGCCAGAGGCUCCGCCACCUGCCACCUGCGGGGACCCCAAGCAUGUCACCCCCGCUAAGAACCUCAGUGCCCUCGCCUGGAAAGCAGAAACGGGGAUCCCCGGGUGCGUGUGUCGACGCACCCACGGCCCACACCCUCUGCAGGAAUCCUCUGGCUUCAGUCCUGCAGGUCCAGGGAGCAGCAGAGAGUUCCGAGGCCCGCAGGAGUGGUUCCCUGAGCCACAGACCCCAGGGCUUCCUGCCUCUUGGCUCUGGAGCCCCCCGAGCCCCCAGUGGCCCUUCUGUGUCACCCCCACCACACACACCCAUGCGGUCAGCUCCAGGGAGCCCGGGCCGAUUGCCUCCCAGACUGCAGGUCACUUGCUAGACCGUAUGUCCUGCUUCUGGGGCCUACGGGAGCUCAGCCUGAGCAGCGCUCACAUUGGGGCCACGCUCCACCCCGCCACCCCCCUUCCCACCCCCUUCCCCAUCACGGCCCCCCCCCCAGGCUCCUUCCUGCAGCAUCGGCAGGGGAGCGGGGAGAAGAGUCAGAAUGGAGGGACUGGGGUUCAGGCAGGGAGCGGGGAGCAGAGCCUCAUUGCCCCAGACCCCCAGACCCUCAGGCCCCCAGGCCCCCAGGCCCCCAUACCUGCGGGCCCUGAGACCCUCAGACCCCCAGACCCCAGACCCCCAGACCCUCAGGCCCCCAGGCCCCCAUACCUGCAGGCCCUGAGACCCUCAGACCCUCAGACCCCAGACCCCCAGAUCCCCAGACCCUCAGGCCCCCAGGCCCCCAGGCCCCCAUACCUGCGGGCCCUGAGACCCUCAGACCCCCAAACCCCAGACCCCCAGACCGUCACAGGCACAGAGUGCCCCCAGGCCCAGAGGCAGGAAGGUCUCACUACCCCAGGCGCCACCGAGGAGCAGCUGGUACAGGAGUUGACGGUUUGA